UAACACAGUGCGGUGCGAUAGCGCGCGAUUGGGACGCGCGGCGAGCGGCAAUGAGUUCGCUCUGUACACCUCAAAUUUACCUAGCCCAGCUUAAUUAGGACGCUUACACAUCACAAACACGUUAAAAUCAAAUUAUGAAGAGCAUGCAGUUGUCACGUGAGGAUCCACAAGCCGAUGGCGCCGGUGAGGCGUUGCAGCUUGUUAAGAACGAGGAGCGGGUCGAAGGCACAGCCGGUGCUAAUGAAGGGGAACCGUUGCCCGAGGGCGAGCAGCAGUCAGUAAUCACAUCGCGCCGAGCGUUACGAACUAUCACUGCAGCUGGACACAUCACCGAGACUCCCGAAGGCAUAGAUGAUGUUAAGGACGAGCCACCCGAGCCGCAGUUGGAACCCUACCGUACGGCCGCAGAGUCCGAACGGCCAUACGAUGAAGAACGGCUGCGCGCUGCUGAGCAAGACGCUGCACGCUACCUCGCAUUUAAGCAGGAGCCCUACCGUACGCAACAGCCGCCUUCACCGUCUCAGAUGGAUAAACGCCCUAUCCCAGCUUACCGCGCACCUGCAGGGCGCCCUCAAUACGGACGUAGUCUGGCGCUGCGCUAUGGGGCACCGUACCACGUUAUAGUAUCGCAGGAUGGCGAGGAAGCGCCGCCCGAUGGAACCGAGACCUACGCAGGAGAGGCUGACGCACGUCACUAUGCUGUAGCUGCCUCUUUGCAAAGUGAUCAUGGGCCUACUUUAGAGAUGAUCCAGACAACAGCUCUUAACAAUCAGCAAGCCGUCGGCGUCGCUUACCAACAGGUGAAGUACGAAGGGCGUGGAAUCGCAGGAGGGGCGGGGAGUUCCGGUGGGGCUGGAAGUGCAAGCGAAGCGGAAGCGCGGGCAAGCACGUAUGCAAGCCUUCAACCUGUGACGUCAGUACAAGGCGGAUAUACUUACGCACAAAGCCCUCAGUAUGCCACUGGAGGUUAUGGUGCCUACGCGCCUGCCGCACCCACUAAAGAGCUGGUGACGCUGUAUGGAGGUGGCGGCGGUCGCGGAGAGGAUAGCCCGCCGCAAUUGCUAUACCGCGCUGACCCCACUCUGGCGUCUUCGGGGUUAGGCACUCGUGUAGUAUACGGCCAAGCACCUUACGAGCCGCCGGCUAGCCCUGCGCCGCAGCAGGUCACGCUGUACUCACACGGCAGCGCGGUGCAAUACAAGGUGGGCGGUGAAUACCUCGCGCAGAGUGGAGUUGAAUACGUGCCAGUCUCUGGAUACGAAACUGGUCUGCUUGUUGAGAGCUACGCACCACCCUCGCAGCCCUGGCCUUCGCAUAACUUGUUACCUAUGGAUGAGCAGUUUGACCCUGGAAUGGCUGGCAUGGGUGAAGUCAAAGAGUGCGUGAACUGUGCAGCCGCAACCACCCCGCUGUGGCGCCGCGACGGCACCGGUCAUUAUCUGUGCAAUGCCUGUGGUUUAUACACGCGCAUUAACGGAGUCAACCGACCACCACUCAAAGGACAGAAGGCAAAGCCACAGCAAGCGCUGCCGACGAACGGUAACCGACGUGUUGGAGUGACCUGUGCAAAUUGUCGCACGUCCAACACGACGCUUUGGAGGCGCAACAACAACGGUGAACCAGUCUGCAACGCCUGCGGCCUCUAUUACAAGCUGCAUAAUGUAAACCGACCACUGAGUAUGAAAAAGGACGGCAUUCAGACUAGGAAACGGAAACCAAAGAGUAUGGGUGGUGGACAUAGCGGACACGGCGGACACGGUGGCGUAGCCCGGGGCGGUGGUUUAACAGUGGAGGCACACUCGCACAAGGUGCUGCCUCCGCUGUACGCAGCUGUGGAGGGCGCCGCGCCACUGCUGCUCCUACCUGCAACGCACCACGAAGGCGCGUUAUCAGCGUUAGAUCGAGGAAGUGCUACACCGACGUCGCACUACAGACCUCCCUAGUGCCAGGGUCAUAUACCACAUUGCUCAAUUCCUCGCUUAACUUAACAUUAAUCGAUACAAUGCAAUGGGAUUCUGCUCUCAAUAGAUGAGUAUAACAUAUUACUCAAUAAGGAUGGACACAAUAGGAAAGAUUAAUUGAUAUUAACUUAAGAACGACGGUAUCUAAAGGGUUUACUUUGAAGUUAUUAAUUUAUGUUAUGAGAAACUUUGCUUAGGAAUAGUCGCUAUUCAAGCCGUUUAGAAAAGAUUAUACGAACGGUAGAAAGAAGGUCUUUCACUGAGUUACAAGUCACUCAUGGCAUUAAAAUUCAUAGCUAAAUGCAGUUUUUUUUAUAUUCAAGUAUUAAUCCGCAAUAAGAGUCUUUGAAAAUAGCAAUAAAUGAACGAUUCCUUAACGUAUAUUAUAUUUUCUUCUAAUGGAAAAGAUUUGUUUACCACUAAAAUUGUAUUUACCGACCAGCAAAUUAACAUUUUUUUUUUAAUUAGCAGCUUUCUAAGUUCUGUAAUUCGAUUAAUUUUAAUAGUGUAGGUGUAACAGAAAUGUAAAUAAAAUCUUGAUAGUACCAACUGUGUACGAAUAAUUAAUGUAUGUACUUAGAUUCUAUUAUCUUUUAAGCCAAAGAUAAAGUCAAGCCAAAAAGCGAAAUGCGAAUGCGGUUAUUAAUAAUUAUUAUUAAAGAUCAUACGAUAUGGGUAAUUUAAAUCUUUAUUACGAGUUAUGAGCCCUUAGUUCAGUUUCCUUAGUAGUAGCUGUUCUUCUAAAUAUGACUUUUAAAUGAAGCGAGAAUAAUUGCUCAUAAUAAUUUUAUGUAAAAAUUCAGCUAAAAUCUUUAUCUAGAGGUUGAUAGGUAUGAAGGGUAUAACGCUUGUUAUAAGAGGUAUAUUUUAAGAACAACUUGAACUUGAGUUGAACAACGGCUAAAAAGUGCAGCCAUUGCAAUUAUGAGACAACUAAAUACUUUGAAAUUAUAUUAAUUGCUACUUUAAUGCUUGAUGAUAUAAUAUAGUAUGAUGCUGUAUCAGUCUUUCUUUGGCAUGGUGACUCUCAAACUCCUUUUCUCUAAACAGUAGGAAAAUUGAAGGACAAUAUUAAUCUUCUGGGGCUACUUAAGGUAUAAGAUACCAGAAGCCUACCACGCAACUUCAAUAGUGAUCCCAAUUUCAAUAAUGAUUUUCGUACUACGCGAUAUCAGCGCUAUGGACAGAGACAAAAUAGAAAAGGAUAGUCUUUGAAAUCGUUAUUGAAGUGACAGAUGUUUCUAGCGUUUAAAUGGCGAUGUGUGUCGCCAUCUAGCGGACUACGACGAAUUUAUAGUUUAUAACGUGCCAGUGAACAAUUAAUAUAUAAAAUAGAUAAUAUUGUACAGGCAUUUAUUUAUGUUUAGUAAUUUUAAGUAGACGUUUUUGUAACAUAUGUAGUUUUAAGUGUAUGUUUUGUAAUAAAUCUCUUGCCAUAA